AGAGUCAGGCGACAGGAGGAGGCGCGGAGCGGGGUGUUUGUGUGGCGCUUUGGUUUCCCUUGGCGCCGCAGUGGUGUAAGAACGCGAGGAACCUGGAAAGGGCCGCCAUUCCCAGCCCUCUUUCUUCCGAGUUUGCGAUUUCGAGGUCUCCAAGAUGGCCAAAGUCUGUGCCAUUUUUGGAGGUUCCCGGGGCAUUGGCAGGGCGGUGGCCCAGUUACUGGCCCAGAAAGGCUACCGACUGGCGAUUGUCGCCAGGAAUCUGGAAGUGGCCAAAGCCGCCGCCGGGGAGCUCGGCGGUGGUCAUUUGGCAUUUAGCUGUGAUGUCGCCAAAGAACAUGAUGUUCAGAGUACAUUCGAAGAGAUAGAGAAACAUUUAGGUCGAGUUAACUUCUUGGUAAAUGCAGCUGGUAUUAACAGGGAUAGCCUUUUGGUGAGAACUAAAACUGAAGACAUGAUAGCUCAGCUCCAUACUAACCUCUUGGGUUCCAUGCUGACAUGCAAAGCUGCUGUGAAGACGAUGGUUCAGCAACAACGAGGGUCUAUUGUUAAUGUAGGAAGUAUUGUUGGUUUAAAAGGCAAUUCUGGCCAGUCAGUGUACAGUGCCAGCAAAGGAGGAUUGGUUGGAUUUUCACGUGCUCUUGCCAAAGAGGUAGCGAGAAAGAAAAUCAGAGUCAAUGUAGUUGCUCCAGGAUUUGUUCACACAGAUAUGACGAAAGACUUGAAUGAAGAUCAUUUAAAGAAAAAUAUCCCUCUUGGGAGGUUUGGAGAACCUAUUGAAGUGGCACAUGCGGUUGUGUUUCUUUUAGAAUCACCAUAUGUUACAGGGCAUGUUCUAGUAGUGGAUGGGGGAUUACAACUGAUAAUUUAACUUACAGAUGAGUCAAUAAUAAUGGUCGUUAGAAUCAAGGGCACCCUUUGGCAAUUAUACCUACAUGGGUGACAUUUGCUAAUCAAACCUAUUGAUGCUAGAAAUGUUGAUUUCUAUCUUUAUAUAAAUGUGUCUGAAAAGAA